CGCGCUGGCUAAGGCUAGCCGGAGGAAGGCGCGCGCGCGCUGCGCAGUGAGCUCAGGUAACUGAGCAAACUGCGGGAAUCCGCGUCGUUUCCCUUCUGGACGUUUCCGGGCCGAUGCGUUUCGCCUCCGUGCGGUGUUUGACCCGCGCGUGCCCGCGCGGCUCCUCGCCUUUAACUCUGACCACAAAUGCUAAUGUGGCUAAGCUAAGCUAGCUGGCGGCGGGGCGCGAGGACCGGCUCGAGCUGAAGGCGGUCUUCUGUCGGUGCCGAUGAUCAGCCUGGAAGGACGCGUCAGGUAACCGCACACCUGUGUCCGUCUGCUGAAAGGUGACGCGCGCGUGUCUGCGGGACAGCCGCUCCGUAACCUUCCGGCGGCGUUUGUUAGCGCCUGACGUCAAACAGGUGUAGCCAGGACCCGCGGCGCCAUGGAGCCUGAUGUGAUCCGCAUGUACUCCUCGUCCCCUCCCCCGAUGGAGGACGGGGCCGAGGAGGACGAGGAUGAGUUCGGAGACUUCGGGACCUUCUCCGGGGUCCCCACCAGCAUCAGCUUCUCUGAACUCGACACCCCCACCACUUUCAACCAGAGCCAGGCCCUGACCGCCACCUCGCCGCCGGAGCUCCUGGCCAGCCGGGGGCUGGGCCCCGAGCCGUCCAGGGUGAACGGUGUGGUUCUGGGGGGCGACCCCUCCAGCAGGACUGAGGUGGCGAAGGUGAUCUCCUGCUCACCGGACCACCCUGUGAAGGCCGACUGCAACGGCGGGGGCUCGGGGGGGCUGACAAACGGGUUUGAGAGCUUCGACGAUCAGGGAACCCCUCCCCCCAGAGAUCCCGUCCCUUCCUCUGGGGAGGGGCUGCCCCUGGAGGACACGGGGAGCCCCCCCGCCAGCAGCCCUGAAAUCGACUUUGCAGAUUUUGCGGCUUUUUCUGAAGAUGGUCCGUUCCAGGUAGAGGACAGUCCUGCUGGGGGGCACCUGCAGGGGGGGGCAGCCUGUCAGAACGGUCAAAAUGAGCAGGGGGGGGCACCAGAGGACACAAUCAGGGACACAGACGGGGCUGGAUCUGAGGGAGAACCGGAGCUGAGCUGUCCUGCUGAGGCCCCCACCAGCCCCCCUCAGGAGGGCCCCCCCUCCUCGGACCCCCCCGCUGUGAACGGGCUGGACAGCGAGUCUGAAGGGGGGGCGGACCAAACAGAAAGUCGAGUCUCUCCAGACGAGACGGAGACGUCGUUGGGCCGGCCGCUGUCCACCAACGCGCUGGAGGAGUACGGCGAUAUGAGCACCACCUGCUCCGCCCCCUCCCCGCCCAUCCAGGGCGACACCCCCACCGACAGCAGCCAGCUGGCGGAGGAUGACGAGGACGACGAGGACUUCGGGGACUUCGGCGCCCCCGGCUCCUUCGCCACUCAGGGCUUUGUGGAGUUUGAGCCGUCGGAAGCCGAGCGGGACGACGACUUCGGUGACUUCGACUCCCCGAAGUUUCAGAGCCCCGAGGACGCCGGCGAGGGGGGGGGCUCCAGCUUCCCCGUCAGCGACAGCUUUGGAAACUUCAGCUCGGCCGAGGGCGGGGACACCGGCGCUGGGUGGAGCGCUUUUGGGGAGCCGGAGGAGGUGGAGGGGGAGACGUGGGCGGAGUUCAACGCAGAGCCGACCGACGCUGGAAUGCAGAAACAGACGGACAAACAGUCGGCGCCUGCGUCCAGCCGGCUGGAGGCUCUGUUUCGAAGCUGCUUCCCGGCUGCAGCUGCGCAGCUGCUGGAGCAGCAGGUGGAGGUUCUGACGGACCUGCUGGACACGGCCGACCCCAGACCAGAACCUGGACCCGGCACGCAGGAGGAGGGGGCCGACUGCAGAAGGUGGGGUGGGGUGUGGGCGCGGCUCCGGGACGUGCACGAAGCGCUGGGCCUCAGAUACCAGUGGGGGGGGUCCCACUGCAACAAAGCCCUGCUGGGCUGCCUGGGCAUCGACACCCGCAACAUCCUCUUCACGGGACAGAAGAAGCAGCCCGUCAUCGUCCCCAUGUACGCCGCCGGCCUGGGGAUGCUGGAACCGACCAAAGAGCCCGUGAAGCCCGUCUCUGCAGCAGAGAUGAUCACCUCCAUCGGUCAGGUGCCUGUAGAGGACGCCUCGUGUCCGCCAGACUCUGUGCAGCAGGAGGCACUCCCCCCCAUCCAGUUCGACUGGAGCAGUAGUGGCCUUACCAACCCGUUAGAUGCCAGCGGAGGCUCCGCCCUCUUAAACCUGGACUUCUUUGGUCCCGUGGAGGACUCGGGCUCCACCAGCUCUGCCUCCAUCCCAGGCGUGGACCCGGAACUGUUCGAGCUCACCACCUCCAAACUGGACCCGGGCGGCUCCAGCAGCCGGGUGGCAGACGCCUUCGCCCGCCUGAUGUCCACCGUGGAGAAGACCAGCACCUCCACCAGAAAACCCAAGAAAGACGAAAACCUGAGCGAAGAGGCGGCCAAAGUGAUCGCGGCGCUGCCCGACCUGUCCUUCAUGAACGCCAAGGUGCUGAUGUUCCCCGCCACCCUGAUGCCGCUCUGCUCACAGGCCACGCCCGACUGAUGCCCCGCCCAGUCUAGAUCCUUAUUUUUCCUACUCUUUCCAGCAUUUUAUUUCUACUUUUUUAAUCUUCUGGUUUCUUUGAAGAAAGUCGUUGUGAUCGGGGGAGGGGUUCUUUAUAAUCAGGAAGUUGGUUUCACUCCAUGAUUUUAUUUUGAAGGAGCAUAAAGCUCUUCGACUGGAACAGGAGAUGUUGGGGUCUGUUCAUACGUUUUGUAGGCGGCGUUUUCGAGGUCUCAUCUUAAUGUUGGCUCCGCCCUCUUUCCCUCUGGCUCCACCUCCUGUUCCUCUUGUUUGUUUUUGUUUUUUGUGGGUCAAAAAUGGGACGUCCUGUGUUCAAACUACUGAAGGGAAUGAAGGGACCAAUUUGUGUGUUGGGUUCUGUUCUGCUAAACUGCUGUGGCCCGGCCCGGCCCGGCCCCCGGGGGGAGGGGGGUUUGCACAUUGUAAAGAUGAAUGGAGGUGUGGAGUUACUGCUGGGAAGGUUCCUAUGGAAACAGCGGCGUCACAGAAGAGCCCGCUCCCUCCCUCCGGGUGGGCGCGCAUGUUCGGGUCUUUCCAGACUGUAAGUGUGUAAAUUUGAAUUUUAAUGUACACAAGAAAUUAAAAUAAUUUAAGAGAA